GAUGCAGUCAUCAGUUGAUUCCCAAUACUGCCAGAAAACAUUUUCGCUUUCAGUCGGCUCUCUUGAUUUCUUGCUUCUAUCGAUGGGACUGUCUUCUUGGGCUGUAGCCCUUUGCUUUCUUGUCGGUUUGCAUUCCCAUCCACUAAGUAUUCUGGCCAAAUUCGUGGGUAAUCAUGAAAAUUUUUUAAAUUAUAUUCCCGCUGCAUCUGGAGAUUUUCCGUAUUUGUGCAUUUUGAACUUGAAUGGCUAUUUGUGUGGAGGAACCCUAAUUGGACCUUCCCAUAUCUUGACUGCAGCUCAUUGUUUACACGGUCACGCAAUCACAGAAAUCAGCAAAUUCAGUGCUGUGUUAAAUUCACUUGCGAUUGACGGAAGCAGUACAGGAGCUGUUAUAAGAGGAGUAAAGGACUUUAUCGUUCACGAACAAUACAAUCCCAGCUACAAGGAUAACGACAUUGCCAUAUUGAUCCUAAGUUCGCCAGUUACUAAUCUAUCGUUCGCUACUCUUCCUACUGAUUCCAUAAAAAAAGCAACAAUCUUAAAAGCAUCUACCACGAAAACCCCUACGACAACACCUAAACCAACAUCGGCAAAAGAAAAACAGACAAUAACAGAAAAUUUCAAAUCCACUAUUAAUCAACAAAACAUAACGACUCAAAAAGCCCAUCAAGAAGUAUUUUUUACUUCAACAUCGAUACCUAAACCAAAUGCAUCAACGACAGCAGAAAAUACGACUUCAGGCUCUGAUUUAGUUCCGCUUAGUAAUAUUUUCAGUAGCUUACUAGCAAUCAAGUCGACAACAACACAACUUCCGACCACUAAAACAACUAUUACGACUACACCACAUACCUCAACAAAUGCCAUUUCCACAAUUGCAACGGCGGCAGCAGAAAAUACGACGUCAGGCUCUGAUUUAGUGCCCCUUAUUAAUAUUUUUAGUAGCUUGCUAGCAAUUAAAUCAACAACAACACAACUUCCGACAACUAAAACAACUAUUACGACUACAAUGCAUACCACAACAAAUGCGAUUUUAACAAUUGCAACAACAUUAGAAAAUACGACGACAGGCUCUGAUUUAGUGCCCCUUAGCCAUAUUUUCAGUAGCUUACAAGCAAUUAAAUCGACAACAACACAACGUCCCACAACUAAAACAGCUAUUACGACUUCAACGCAUACCACAACAAAUGCAAAUUCAACAAUUACAAUGACAUCAGAAAAUACGACCCCAGGCUCUGAUUUAGUGCCCCUUAGCAAUAUUUUCAGUAGCUUACAAGAAAGUAAAAUGACAACAACACAAACCCCCUCAACAGCUAAUAAAACUACGGCGAAACCCAACACCAACAAAACAUCAAAAACUAAAACAACAAUUGCAACGACGACAGAAGGAAAACCAACUUCAGACUACGAGUUGGUGCCCCUCAGCCAUUUUUUCAGUAGCACAUCUGCUAAAAGUGCUUUUAGUACUUUUGCGAAUAUCCCGGCCGUUAUAACUGGAUGGAGAACAAUUUCUCUAGGAAGAAGCUUUUCAAAGGUAUUACUGAAAGCGGACGUCAUAAUAAGAGACAACUCCUUCUGCAAAAGUCGACAUGAUAGUUUUUUUAUCGGCGCUGAUAUGUUAUGUGCAUCCGCUUCCAGCGCACACACUUGUCAGGAUAUGAGUGGUGGUCCCCUGUUCGUUAAUGGUGUUCAAGUUGGUAUCUUCAGCUGGGGAAAUGGCUGUGUUGAUUCUAAUUUUGCUGGCAUAUACACCAGAGUCACCAAUUACCUUGGGUGGAUUGCAACAACAAAAGCCCAAAAUCCAUAAAUAGAAAAAAACAAUGGUACGAUGUUUUUGAACCGGAUCACAUCAGCACGGUCUAACAAGGGAGGUAGAGAAACGCGCCAUCCUUGGCAUCAGUCAGAAUGUAAAAGGCAGCUCAGAGGGUCCCACGGCAUUCCACUAGAACACCCCAAGUAACGUGGAACCCUCUAAGUUACCUCGUACAAUCCUCUCUUAUGACGUUUGUCUACCUUAUUCUGUUAGACCGUGACAUUAGUAUGCAAAUUAUUUUAAUAGAAUUGGCUUUUUAAAAAUAUGUCGCUCACCUAUAUGAGUUUAUCAUAACUUCGUUACAUACUUUUGUACUUAAUUCAAAACAAGGGACAAAAAUAUUAUUUAUUUGGAAAUUUAAAAAAAUAUUCCCCCAAAGUAAUCUAGAGUUUGUCGUUUUUCUGCCCUUUUCAUAUAUCCUGUCAUGGCUCUACGUUUCAUUGUUUUUUAGUUUGCGGAAUAGCGUUAUUAAGGUUUACUAACGUUUUAAAAAGCAACACACUUAUUUAAAAAAUAUCUUCCGUGUGAUGGCUGGCACAUCUAUGUAAUUUCUCAGACUGGGGAAUUGUUACAUACUUCCCGAAGCUAAAUUCUAUUCUUUAUCGAAUAGCUAUCUUAACAAAAAAAUUUAACAUAAUGGGAUGAAAAAACAGUUUUAGUGAAAUGUCCCAAGUAAUCCCGUGAUGUUUUCGUGUUUCACGAAAAAAGGUCUUUCAUUAGAAAUGUUUCUAGUUAUUUGUGUAUUUUACAAAACCUUAUUUAAAAAAUAGCUUUAA